AUGGCUUCCAAUACCAGUCAAAUAUCCCCUUUGCGGCCUGUCACUCGGCAUAUCACAGGCCACAAUGAGAACGGGAAAGCAGUGAUCCAUUCCUCGACACCGGCUGAAUGGAUAUCACUCGACGAAAGCAAGAUGGCAUUCAACGUUGUUUACACGAACCAAUUCCACCCCGAUCUCAACAAUGAUGCGGACGUCAAGACCCACGAGACAUUGACAAAAUCGGACCAGCUGGGCCUCGUUAACCCUGGCGGAACCGUGUGCCGCAUUGUGGACUUCGCCCCCAACAACAUUGCUGUAGUUCACCGGACGAAGAGUCUUGAUUAUGGCGUGGUGCUUGAAGGGCAGGUUGAAAUGAUACUGGAAGAUAGCGAGCCAGUCAUCAUGAACCGAGGAGAUGUUGCGGUACAGCGGGCUACGAUGCAUGGGUGGCGCAACACCAGCGAGACAGAAUGGGCUCGUCUCCUGUUCGUGCUGCAGGAUUGCAAGAAAUUGACAGUGGGUGGGGAGGAAUUGGGGGAAGAUCUGGGAAUUGCGGCUGGACAACUCAAGCCGAGUAACAAUAACCAGGAGUGA